CGUUCCCCUCCCCUGCAAAUAGCCCACCCCCGCCCCCCCUCGAAACCUAGCCGAAUUCCCCAUCGCCGUCGAGGCUCUCCCCCGACCCAACUCCUGCGCUCGGAUCGGACGCGAUCCCGCCGCGUCCUGACUGGUGGUUGCGGCGAGGUGGGUUGUGCUCCGGGAGGAGGAGGUUGUACGGAUCGGGAAGUGAUGGAGGGCGGAGUAGUUGCUGCUGCGGCUGCGGCUGCGGCGGCUGCGGCGACGGUUACUACGGCGGUAUCCCCUCCUCCUGCUCCGCCGGCGGCCGCGAGCAACGGUGGGGGUGGGGCGGCGGCGGCGGCGCCACCGCCGUUCCUGAUGAAGACGUACGAGAUGGUGGACGACCCGGGGACCGACGCGGUCGUGUCGUGGGGGCCCGGGAACAACAGCUUCAUCGUCUGGAACACGCCCGAGUUCGCCAGGGACCUGCUGCCCAAGUACUUCAAGCACAACAACUUCUCCUCCUUCGUCAGGCAGCUCAACACCUACGGAUUUAGAAAAGUGGAUCCAGAUAGGUGGGAAUUUGCAAAUGAGGGAUUUUUGAGAGGACAAAAACAUCUACUGAAGACCAUCAAUAGAAGGAAACCGUUGCAUGGAAACAACCAAAUGCAAGUGCAGCAGCAGCAGCAACAGCAGCAGCAACCCCAGUUGCAGAAUGCUCCGAUUCCUGCUUGUGUAGAAGUGGGGAAAUUUGGGAUGGAGGAAGAAAUUGAGAUGCUAAAAAGGGAUAAAAAUGUUUUGAUGCAGGAGCUUGUCAGGCUGAGACAGCAACAGCAGACAACUGACCAUCAGCUGCAGACUUUGGGCAAGCGUCUUCAAGGAAUGGAGCAACGGCAGCAACAAAUGAUGUCUUUCCUGGCUAAAGCAAUGCAGAGUCCUGGCUUUCUAGCACAGUUUGUGCAGCAAAACGAGAACAGUAGAAGAAGAAUAGUAGCUGCGAACAAAAAAAGGAGGCUACCUAAGCAAGAUGAUGGCCUAGACUCUGAAAGUGCGUCAUUGGACGGCCAAAUAAUCAAGUAUCAGCCUAUGAUCAAUGAAGCAGCCACAGCAAUGCUGAGGAAGAUCCUACAGCAGGAUUCUUCACAUAGAUAUGAAUCUAUGGGCAAUUCAGAUAACUUUCUACUGGAGAAUUCUAUGCCAACUGCUCAAGCUUUUGACAGCUCUUCGUCAACUCGGAAUUCUGCGGUCACCCUAGCAGAGGUCCCAGGCAACUCAAGUAUACCAUAUAUGGCCACGAGCUCUGGACUUUCAGCAAUUUGUUCAUCUUCAACUCCUGCUGAGAUCCAGCAUCCAGUUCUGGACAACAUCUUAUCCAAAGAACUUCCCAACAUGAGUUCUGCGCCUUCUGUCCCAACAGCUAUGGCACCAGGUCCAAAUGAUAUCGGUAUUCCAGGAUUCCCAGAUUUGCAUGAUAUCAUAACGGAGGAUGUUGUUGGCAUUCCUGGAGGGAGCUUUGAAAUGCCUGGUCCGGAGUGUAUAUUCCCUUUACCUGAAGACGGCGAUGACUCAAUCCCCAUCGACACCGAUGAAAUCUUGUCCAGCGAUGACACCCAGAAGCUUCCGGCCAUCAUUGAUUCCUUCUGGGAGCAGUUCCUUGUAACUAGUCCUCUAUCUGUUGACAACGAUGAGGUUGAUUCAGGUCUACUGGACACAAGGGAGGCGCAACUGGAUAAUGGAUGGGCCAGAACUGACAACUUGGCUAAUCUUACUGAACAGAUGGGCCUACUGUCAUCAAACCAUAGAGGGUGAGAUAACAACAGUACACUCAUAGCAACCCUUUCUCAGGGUGCCCUGGGAUUCCAGCAAUAAAAAUCACAUAGCAUGACCUACUCUUCUGUUUUUUUGUUAAGCAAGCAUACUGAAAACUGUCUGUCGACCGAUGAUAUGUGGGAGGAUUCCAGUGUUGGACCUGCGAGGAACAUGGUUUUACUCCGGGGAUAUUACCUGCUUGUAUCUAAGGUUUUCGCAGGCGUAAGGCGUAAAAGCGGAUCGAUGGUAACUUGUUAUGUCUGUAUAAUGGCAAGUCUACAACUUUGUGUUGUAACUGCUGAUAGUUUUGGUUGUGCUAUCUGGUUGCAAUUAACAUGUGGAAAUACUGCUGGCCAAUUGUAUUCACAACCAAGUGUUGUGGAGCUGGCAUGAGUCUCAAUUUUGCAGAUGUAGCCAAACGGGCAAGUGAGGUCCAGCCAACCAUUCACAACUUCAAUUAUAAACACUUGCAUUGUUACCACUUAGCAAGACAAAUUUACAUGGUAAUAGAACUUUUAAUUAUGAUA